GGGGAGCGCGUGGCCUUAUGGGAAGUGCAGUCCUGAAUGCUGAAGAGCCCGCCCUCCUUUCUCUCAGAGAAGCACGACGUUGUGAAGCACGGAGCGGGACACGGUUAUUAAAAUACCUCCAUAAAACUUUACAUUCUCCGCCAUCCAGGGGUCAGGUCAGCACCAUGUCUGAUGAUGGGGGUGUGGGGGAGGAUGAGUUCCCGGCUCAUUAUAAAGUCAUGCUGGAUAAACUGAACGAACAGAGACAACUGGACCAGUUCACAGACAUCACACUGAUCGUCGAUGGUCAUCAGUUUCGAGCCCAUAAAGCCGUGCUGGCUGCCUGCAGUCAGUUCUUCCAUAAGUUCUUCCAGGACUUCACUCAGGAACCACUGGUGGAGAUUGAGGGAGUCAGUAACAGUGCUUUUUGUCACCUGAUGGAGUUCACCUACACAGCCACACUGGCUCUGAGAGGACAGGAGGAAGUGAUGGACGUGUGGAGAGCAGCUGAAUAUCUGCAGAUGCAGGAAGCCAUUAAAGCUCUAAACAAAAGAGUGAAGAGUGAAGAGAGGAACGGCUCGCUGAAGUCCGAGCCUCGGCCCCUCCCCGAUAAAACCAAAGCUAAGAAGAGAAAAAUCGCAGAGACGUCGAACGUGAUCACGGAAACCCUGCCGUCGGUGGAGGCGGAGUCAGAGCCGGUGGAGAUCGAGGUGGAGGUCGGGGAUGAAGCCGUCGUGCAGGAGUGCGUGAUGGAGGAGGAGGUGCUGGAUGGAGGCAGGGAAACGGACGACUCCGCCCUCGCGCUGCUCGCCGACAUCACCAGUAAAUAUCAGCAGGGAGCGCAGAACGUGAAGAAGGUGGGCGGGGAGGCGGGGGAUCUGCAGGAGGAGGCGGUGAUGGCCACCAAGACCCUGGAGGGGAUUGAAGUGGUGGAGGUGCAGAUCUCCGAUAACAUGUUCCGCUGCGAUAAGUGUGACCGCUGCUUUAAACUCUUCUACCACCUGAAGCAGCACAUGAAGACCCAUACAUCCAGCUUGGAGAAACCGUUCGUGUGUAAACACUGCGGGAAGACGUACGCUCGCGAAGGUGCUCUCAAACAGCACGUCAACACGUGCCACUACGACGCGGAGGAGCUGAGCAAGAAGCUGAAGAAGAAAGUGCACAUGUGUGUCUACUGCAGUAAGGAGUUCGACCACUUCGGUCACUUCAAAGAGCACUUACGGAAACACACGGGUGAGAAACCUUUCGAAUGUCCAGAUUGCCACGAGCGGUUUGCCAGGAACAGCACGCUGAAGUGCCACAUGUCGGCCUGCCAGAACGGAGCCGGAGCCAAGAAAGGCCGGAAAAAACUCUAUGAGUGUCAGGUGUGUGACGAGGUCUUCAACAGCUGGGACCAGUUUAAAGAUCAUCUGGUCAUCCACACAGGGGACAAACCCAAUCACUGCACGCUGUGUGAUCAGUGGUUCACUCACGCCAGAGAGCUGACCGCUCACCUGCAGCAGCAGCACGCGGUACAGCAGGAGGAUACAGCCUCGGGGGAGGAACGGGUGGAGCUGGAGGACGGAGUGAUGGUGGAGGAACAGGUGGAGCUGCAGGACGGAGCGAUGAAAGAACGGGUGGAGCUGCAGGGUGCGGUGAUUGAGGGACGAGUGGAGCUGCAGGACGGAGUGAUGGUGGAGGAACGCGUGAUCAUGGAGGGACAGAUGGAGCUGCGAGAUGGAGUGAUGAUGGAGGGACAGGUGGUGCUGCAGGAUGGAGUGAUGGAGCAGCAAAUGAUUCUGCAGGACGGAGUGGUGAUGGAGGGACGAGUGGAGCUGCGGGACGUAGCGAUCGACCAACCGGUGGUUCUGCAGGAUGGAGUUAUGAUAGAGGAGCGAGUGGAGCUGCAGGACGGCGUGAUGGUGGAGGGACGGGUGGAGCUGCAGGACGGAGUGAUGAUAGCGGAGCGAGUGGAGCUGCAGGACGGAGUGAUGGUGGAGGGACGGGUGGAGCUGCAGGAUGGAGUGAUGAUAGCGGAGCGAGUGGAGCUGCAGGACGGAGUGAUGGUGGAGAACCAGGUGGAGACGGUGCUGAUAGAGGUGGAGGAAGACGGAGUGAAGGAACAGACGCAGAGCGUAAACGUAUAAAAGGGAAUGAAGACGAGUGGAUAUUUAUUUCUGUAAGGCAGUGUGUUCUCUCCUCACAGCUCUCCUCCUGCUGAACACCUUCCACACAGCAGGAACACCACACUCCUUUAUUUCACUUCAGUUUACUUUAUUGAUCUUUAGGAGGUUGAGGUGAGAGGUGUGGCUGUGAUCUCACCCUCACGUUCACCUCCAACCACAACAGUCCUGUCUGUAAGGAGGUUCCUGACCAGGAGUCUUUUCACAUCAGGGUUGUUCCCUUCAGAGUUCCCUCAAUUUGGGGAAAAAAAACUUUCCCAAAAAUUCUGCUCAAAAAAAGUCAAGAAAAGUCAAGGACAGAAGUCACGUGGGCGGAGCUUAGGUCUGUAUCGGUACACGUGCGCUCAGGAAGAGGCAGGAUAAACAAUGUGAUGGAAGUUUUAUUUAUUUUGCACUUCAUCUGGUCAGCUUUCAGAAAGUAGCAGGGGUUUGUUUAUUAUUAUUAUUAUUUUGUUUUCUUUUUUUUGUAAAGACUCGUUGGAUUUGUUUGUUUUUGAAGCUGAACUCUGACCCCUGACCUCUGGUCUGGUGUGUAAAGUGAGGACUCUGCCCAGAACACUCACUCUUCUUCAGCACAAAGCUUCUUAUUUUUGUACAGUGUGCGUGUGCGCGUGUGCGUGUGUGUGUGUGUGUGUGUGUGUGUGCGUGUGCGUGCGCG